GCGACUUCCGUGCUCCCGGCGAGCGGGCGGAGAGCGGGGGCCACACUGGGGAGUGUGGGCUGGGCCGCAGGUGAGCGCGCGGUCCCGGCGAGCAGGUGCGGUCAGCCCAGGCCCGUAACCUCUGAGUUACGGGAGGAGUGAUCGCUAGGGUCCACCCCGGUCCCGGCCAGACCUGCCAGCCCCACUGUCUGGCGGGUGCUCUGGUGCCCAGUCUGGCAGCCCAGGUAGCCCUCCGCAGACAGGGCUUAUCGGCACCUCAGUGAGGACGGACGUUGAUGAGGCCACGAAUGAGAUGUCAUGUGGCCUGUGUUUUGGACCGUGGUUCGUACCUAUGCUCCUUAUGUCACAUUCCCUGUUGCCUUCGUGGUCGGGGCUGUGGGCUACCACCUGGAAUGGUUCAUCAGGGGAAAGGACCCCCAGCCCGUGGAGGAGGAAAAGAGCAUCUCAGAGCGCCGGGAGGAUCGCAAGCUGGAUGAGCUUCUAGGCAAGGACCACACGCAGGUGGUGAGCCUUAAGGACAAGCUAGAAUUUGCCCCGAAAGCUGUGCUGAACAGAAACCGCCCAGAGAAGAAUUGAUGGAGGACACAGGGCCCUACGGUCCUACUGUGGGCGGUGACUUGUCCUGCUACCAUGUUGACAGAGCCCCAGAACCCACAUCUAAUUGGCUUUGUUGCUUAUUCUGGCCCCUCCCACACCACACAGCCACACAAAUACUGGCUGCUCCUUGAUGUCCAGGCAGACCCAGCGGCAGCCAAAGGGCCAGUGAAGAGGAAGGCCGCAUCUGUUGUGUGGUGGCCACAAGCACUCAGGCAUCUGAGUUUACUGGUGCACUGCUGGGAGGAGUGUUAUGAGAUGAACGUUGGCUGUCAAUCUUUGUGGGCAGGUGGUUUGGCCUUGAGUGGGAAUGGCUGGGAUUUGGGUGUUGCCUUUAGGAGGGAUACCUGCAUGUCUAGUUCCAGUCUGCACUGGGAAGAAUUCAAAUAUGCACCUGGCUCCCUUCACUGUUUUGCCCUAUCCUUUGUGCUCAUUCUUACUGAAAUCUGUCUUGUCAGCUCAGGAAUGGGAUUCUCCCGGGAAGGAAAGCAUUUUUCUGUUCUGGGAAGCCCAGACUGUUCACUUUGGGGCAGGGACGAACAUGUGCCUCGUGAAUUUGCUUGAAAACAGUCCCCAUCAUCUACCCCCAUCACUGUAGAGUGCAAAACUUGAUUAAAGUGGUAUCUGAGAACCAUAA